GAAGGUGGUUGCACAGGUGUGAGAGCAGUGCAAACAAUAUAUAAACGAUAAGUGAUAAGGAAGAUAGCAAAAUUUUCUCGCGCAUUUUAUUUUCGCUACUAACGAAUGAAGCUAGCUCGCUUUCCCGACUCGUUAAAUGUGUUGCCAGUGAUUCGCCGACAGUCUUCCAAAGUGAACGUUGCUCAACGUUUAUGUGUCGCAGUCUAGGGCAAAGGAUGUAACGUUUCGUGUUACGCGUUUAUUUUAAGGAUUGUAGGAAAGAAAUAUUUUGGUAGCAAGUUUGUGAAUGUGCGUUGUGUUAAAAAUAUUUGGAAACAAAUUAGCUGUGUUUGGCAAAGAUUUGGAGUGAUCGUCUCGUCUCAAGUGGCGGUGCCUGGUACUUUACGCGGUUGGCUUUUAAGAUAACUCAGCCAUCAGUAGAUUAGUGAACUGCGGUGAAACCAGAAACGGUAAAACGAGACGUUCGGAAGAUUGUAAGCUCGUCAUUUAAUUGCAUGCAUUUGGCUAUCUGUUUUUAAACCAAGCGGAUCAUCAGUGUGUAAUACUCCUGUGGAAGUCGACCGUUUUGCUCAUUUGUUAUCAGUUGUGUUAUCAUUUUGCGUGAUUGUGAUUUAUUGCUCAUCUAGAUCGUUAACCAGCAUCACUAUGGAGUUUGAGAUUCAAAACCACAUUUCACAUCUUGCCAAAUUUAAUGUCAAGAAAAGCGAGAAUGAUUGUCUUUUGGAUGAAGCAUGUACCAUGCUAUCGGAGCUUCUACCGCCGUUUGGGCGCUUGACAUCGAAGAUGUCAACCACCAGCAGUAGCAGUACCGAGGGGAAAGCUAAAGGCAACCCCAUUGAAGACGCCAGCCAUUCCGACGAGAUUGACACGAACAUUUCGAUUGAGCUAAUUACAGAAGACGACGCCGAGGAUGUUCUGAAGUUGCUUAAAAAGUUUUUCUUCAAGGAUGAACCGCUUAACACAUUUGUUGAACUGGGGGAAUGCAAAGAGUUGGAGAAGUAUUCUACCAAGUGUCUUCACGAACAUUGUUCAUUCAAAGCUGUCAACUCCCGCGGGGAAAUCGUUGGAGUUAACAUCAAUGGUUUGAUUAACAGACCUACAGAGACUGAUGAACCUCAGCCAAAACUAGCCGAUGGUUGUGAGCAUCCCAAGUUCAAAAUGAUUAUGGCUUUAAUGGACUAUGUGGAUGAGAGAUUCAAUAUUUUCGACUUGCACAAGGACAUCGAUCGGUUGCUGGAUGUCAAAAUCAUGUCCGUGGAUACCCGCUAUCGAGGAAUGGGAAUCGCUGGAAAACUGACUGAUCGCACGAUGGAGUGUGUGAAAGAGAAAAACAUUAAACUCGUCCAUGUGUUGUGCAGUAGUCACUAUUCGGCGCGAGUUAUGGAGAAAAUGGGCUUCGAAGAGGUUUACAAUUUACCAUACCAAGACUAUCUGGUGAACGGGGAGCAAGUUCUAAAUCCCGAAAAACCACACACCGCUGUCAGAAUUUUGGUAAAAAGACUGCCGUAAGAUGAUUGUAUGGUGUGCAAAAUUAUCAAUAAGAUCCGGUCGGAACAGGAGCUAUUAUGAGCACACGUUGAAAAUAAUACUGAGACUAUCGAAAUCUACUAAAAGCAUCUUAAAGACUCAGGUGCAUCGAGGAACAAUGCGUACAAUUUUUCAUAAUUUUGUAUCACAAAAGAUCUAUUAAUUCUCAAAGAACUAUUGGUCGUCGGGCUCAGGUAGUUGUGCAUUUUGGUACUCUCAGUAUAAUUGCCAUCUGCAUAAAUUGAUAAAUGUAGCUUAUUGAGUUAGUUUAGAACUGCACAACAGUUAGGCUGUAGACAGGAAGAAGUCGCAAGAAGCAUUUAAGUGUUUAGAGCACUAUUUUAUUUCUUCAAAUAAUUAACGUCAAUUAUGACUCCUGUGACAGGUCACAGUUCAUAACAAUAUGCUAAAUUUUCAAAAUUCUUAGCAUUGCGAAAAUCGUUGUGAUAUCAUCGCAAAAAAAAACAAAUUCUAACUAUUUUUAAAACCGGUGAUCUGCGUAUUCCGUACUACCUGCUACUUGAGUUUAAUAUAAAUGUAUCUAAAACCUCAUGAUAUUUAAAUAAAUAAAGUGAGCACAAAUGUCGUAUAUGUCGAAAAAAGUGU